AAAAAAUAACCGUUAUUUUAAGUAUGAAGACGAAUCAUUAUGGCAUUAAUUGAAAUUUGUACGUGCUGUAAUAAAAACAAUUAUGCGUAUGGGUUGCAGGAUGACCAUAGUCGACGAUGUUCUGAACCGAUCCUUCUACAAACUUGGUUUGGUUGUGGGGCGACAACCUGGCUACUUCAUUAUAAUACCGAUACUCCUGUCACUACUCAUGAUCACUGGAUACCAAAGGGUUUACUACGAAAUGGAUCCGGAGUAUCUAUUUUCGCCCGUCAGUGGACAAGGAAAGCUGGAGAGGAGAAUCGUGGAAGAACACUUUAAAGUCAACUAUACUCACAGAUUCAAUGUUGGAAGGAUAACCAGGCCCGGGAGGUUUGGCCGAGUGAUAAUCGUGGCUAAAGAUAACAAUACAAACAUGCUGCGAACCGAGGUCUGGAAGGAGCUGAGGCAAUUAGAUGAACUAGUGCAAAACGUCACAGUCACCAUGCCUACCGGAGAGACGUUUACGUAUAGAGAAGAGUGCGCGCGCUGGGAGGGACAGUGUUUCGUCAACGACAUACUGAACGUGGAUAAGAUUAUUGGCGAGGUGGAGCGCGGUGAAUUAAAUUUAACAUUCCCGAUAAUGUUCAACCCUGUGACGUGGGAAGCACACGCUUUUCCAGUCUACUUCGGAGGUUCAAAGGUUGUCGAUGACGUCAUUAUCUCAGUGCCUGCCGUACAACUCGUAUGGUUUGUACGAACUGAUACAAAACUACAGGAGCAAAGAGGUGCAGCGUGGGAAGAUGCGUUUUUAGAUGCUGUUGGCGUCGCAGAAGAUACAGGCCGUUUCAAACAUAUAUCAGUAGCACGUUUCGCCUCAAGAACUCUGGAUCAUGAACUUGAAAAAAAUACAAGGACUGUGAUUCCUUUCUUCAGUUCUACUUUCAUUCUUAUGGGCAUAUUCUCAAUAGUUACUUGCAUGAUGGGCGACUGGGUGCGGUCUAAGCCAUGGUUAGGUUUACUCGGAAAUAUAUCAGCUGUUAUGGCUACAGCGGCAGCUUUUGGCUGUGCCAUUUAUUUGGGGAUCUCUUUUAUUGGCAUUAAUUUGGCGGCGCCCUUCUUGAUGAUUGGUAUCGGAAUCGACGAUACAUUCGUUAUGUUAGCGGCUUGGCGGCGUGCUUCUCCGAAGCUGCCAGUCCCAGAACGCAUGGCAAUUAUGCUAUCAGAAGCCGCAGUGUCCAUCACAAUAACCUCAGUCACGGAUAUGCUCUCAUUCUUCAUCGGUAUAUUCUCUCCGUUUCCUUCGGUUCAGAUAUUCUGCAUGUAUUCUGGUUUGGCAGUAUGUUUCACUUUCGUCUGGCACUUAACCUUCUUUGCUGGCUGUGUUGCUGUGUCGGGUUACCGUGAGAAGCAAAACCGACAUACUAUUACGUUACUUAAAGUUCUACCAGAAUCCAGGGCUAGAAAGGAGGAGAAGUCAUGGCUCUAUCGUAUCUUCUGCAGUGGUGGUAUAGAUCCAGCCGAUCCAGACAAUCCUAUAGAUAACAAGGAACAUUGUAUCAUGGCGUUUUUCCGCACUACCAUGGCUGAUUUACUCAACAACGGUGCUGUCAAAGCGGUUGUUAUAAUUGUAUUCCUACUGUACUUGGCCGGUGCUGGUUAUGGUGUUACUAACCUAAACGAAGGACUAGAAAGAAGAAAGUUGUCUAAAAUCGAUUCGUACUCUGUCGAGUUCUUUGAUCGCGAAGAUUUAUAUUACAGAGAAUUUCCUUACAGAAUACAGGUGGUGAUUAGCGGAGAGUAUAAUUAUUCGGACCCCAAAAUCCAAGACGAGGUUGAAGUGCUUACGAAGAAGUUGGAAAAUACGUCGUAUAUAUCGAACUCAUUAUAUACAGAAUCAUGGCUGAGAACGUUCGUCGACUACGUGUCGGGAAAUAACGACUACCUGAACGUGACUAUUGAUAACGAAGAUGACUUCAUCAAAAACCUUAAAGAAUUGUGGCUGUUUCCUGCGAAUCCAUUCUCCCUGGAUGUCAAAUUUAAUGAGCAAGGUGACAAAAUUGUGGCCUCCAGAUUUCUGAUUCAAGCCAUCAAUAUCAGUGGAACAAAUCAUGAAAAAGAAAUGGUUAAAGUUCUGAGAGGGAUCGUUGCUGAAUCGCCUUUGAAUGCAUCCGUUUUCCACCCUUACUUCGUGUUCUUUGACCAGUUCGAGCUUGUGCGGCCAACGUCACUGCAGAAUUUAUGUUAUGGUGCCUUGAUGAUGAUGAUAACAUCAUUUAUAUUUAUUCCCAACGUUCUGUGUUCCCUAUGGGUAGCUUUUAGUAUAAUAUCAAUCGAAAUAGGGGUGGUCGGCUACAUGGCACUAUGGGAUAUAAAUCUUGAUUCCAUCUCGAUGAUAAAUCUCAUCAUGUGCAUAGGUUUUUCUGUAGACUUCACUGCACACAUAUGUUACGCAUAUAUGGCGUCGAAGGCAAAAAGUCCUAAUGAAAGAGUCAGUGAAUGUUUGUACUCCUUAGGAUUGCCAAUUGUACAAGGCUCUUUCAGCACAAUACUCGGUGUGGUUGCGCUUCUCCUAGCGGACAGCUACAUAUUUUCAGUAUUCUUCAAAAUGGUAUUCAUGGUUAUAUUUUUUGGAGCCAUGCAUGGUCUAUUCCUCUUGCCUGUUUUGUUAUCACUUUUUGGUCCAGGAUCUUGCUCUAAGAGACAAGAUGACUUAAAGAUAUCUAAACUAGAAAAAUGCUUCCCAAGUCCGUACUGCAUACCCCACCCUCAGUUAAUGUUGAAUGAUCAAAUCUACAAUGGAAAAAAUCUGAGUCCCAAUGGUGUUUAUAAAAUCUACGGUGAUGACAAAGAUCUAGGCAUCGGCACAUCUGGCGAAGACACCAGCGAAAGCAGCUCCAACCAGUCACGACGGCAAAUGGGCGAAGAUGACAGCGGACGGAAGAAGUACGACGAUGGAUGGAAGAGAUCAAAUUACUGCCAAAGUUCCAGUCAAUUUCAGCCCUCUGGAGAGUUAGACCCUUUUGGACACGACCUUGACAGAAACUGGCAGAGACAGCGAUAUGAGGAUAAUCGUAGAGUUUUCGAUAACUAUCGGAAACCUUCCGCAACGUCUAGAGCACGAGACGACGAAUGGGUGACGUCCAACCGCAAGACAAGCGACUCAGGGCCGCAACGUGAAGGACCUUACAAAGUGAUGCGAGCCCACUCCCACCACAAUCUCCACAGGCCUCGCGCCCCACGACGAUCGAAUUCACAGCACAACCUUGACCAUUUAGAUUACGUUGCCGAAAUGCGAUUUCCCUGACGUUGACCAUUUAACCUCUCUAAAUUAUUUAAGUAAAAACAAGUGCUCAAUUGUGGACCAAAGUAUUAUAUCUUCAUAAACAUUGCGAGUUCGUGUGUCGCGUUAUGGCUGGUAAUUGUGCUUCCCCGAAGCUUUCUGCUAGUCAGUUUAUGUGACGCAUUCGGAAAUGUGAUUGAUAACUAUUACUCGAUGACUAGAUUGAGUAAUAUUUAUAGAUCUAAACGAAAAAAAUGAAUGUUAAUAGUAAGUGUGACGUAGAAAAGAUAAACUGUAAACGUGUUUUGUACAAGGUGAAUCUAGAGAGGUUAAUAUUUUUGUAGUAUUUAAGUUUAAGUUGACAACCAAAAUACAAUACUUCUAUUUAUACUGCAGUUAUUUAACUCAUAAAUGAGUACUAAUGUAGAUAAAUCAUGAAUGUUGGCGUCGAUAUUAUGCCAAAAAAACUGUUAUAAAUGUAAUGGAUCAUUCCAGUGUGCUGUAUGAUUCAUGUAAGACAUUAGUGUUGUAAGAUAUUGUGGGGAUAAGUGACAUAAAGAAUAAUUUUGAAAAUAAUUUAUUACAUAUCCAGUUCCUACAAUCAAAACUAUAAACUAAAAUUAACCGUUCAAUGAUUUCAGUCAUUUGUAUCAUAGGUUAGGUGAUAUUUUGGCAAUUUUAAGAAGUAACGUUAGUUGUUUUAGUUUUCAUGGAUAUCUAAUGUGAUAGAAAAUCGGGUUGGGCCAAAUGUUUUAAACUAUAACGUGUACAUACUAUGUUUUAUUAUAUAAGUUUACUGAAUACAUGUUUAAUUCUCGCAUGUUUAGAAAAACUGUUCAAAAAUUUAGCGACAGUUCUGAUUUUUUCCUAGAAAGUUAAGAUAUACUUUUUUAAAAUAAAUUUGUAUUGGAAACAAAAAAAUGCUUGCUUCGUCGCUUCACAACAGUAACGAUACGCAAAAAACUAAAUUUAAAAUUAAAAUAAUUAAUAAAAGGCGGUCAAAAGCAGGGCGGGCCACUAGUUUUAUUACUUAAAGCUUUAACGUUACCUGUGUCUAGUUAAUUCGCUGUAAGUAUUAGGUGUGAUAUCUUCUCGAUGCCAUUUAAUUGUCAUCGCAAACGCUCUUGGUCUAAAACCAUACUCAACACCUACUCUACAGUAAUAAAAAUUCAUUCGACUACACAAUCAUUACAUCUGGCAGAAUGUUUGUGAAUGUACGAGAAAACAAUUUGACUACCAUUUGUGGUCUAUCAUGACUGAAUAUUGUAAAUAUCGAUUUGUUUUGUAUUGAAUAAAAUAGUUUUAAUUAUA